AUGCUGGCCUCAGGGCUGCUUCCUGCGGCUUUGCUGGCCUGUCUGACUAUACUGGUCUUGAUGUCUGUCUGGCGGUAGAGGAAGCUCGAGGGGACACUGCCUCCUGGACCCACCCCUUUGCCCUUCGUCGGGAACCACCUGCAGCUGAACACCAAGCAGAUGUACAACUCCUUCAUGAAGGUCAGCGAGCGCUAUGGCCCUGUGUCCACAGUCCACCCGGGGCCCCGGCGGGUCGUGGUGCUGUGUGGAUAUGACACUGUGACGGAGGCUCUGGUGGACCAGGCUGAGGAACUCAGCGGACGAGGCAAGCAGGCUAACUUCAACUGGCUCUUCAAAGGCUCAGGCUUGGCGUUCGGCAGCUGGGAGCGCGCCGAGCAACUCCGGCGCUUCUCCAUCACCGCACUGCGGGACUUGGGCGUGGGCAAGCGCGGCAUCGAGGAGCGCAUCCAGGGGGAGGCGGACUUCCUCAUCGAGGCCUGCCGGGGCACGCACGGCGAGCCCUUCGACCCCAAGUUUGUGCUGAGCCGCUCGGUGUCCAACAUUAUCUGCUCCGUGAUCUUCGGCACCCGUUUCGACUACGACGAUAAGCGUCUGCUCACCCUUAUCCACCCCAUCAAUGACAAGUUCCAAAUCAUGAGCAGCCCCUGGGGAGAGCGGUACAAUAUCUUUCCGAGCCUCCUGGACUGGGUGCCCGGGCUGCACCAACACCUUUUCCAGAACUUUGGACGCAUGAAGGACCUCAUCGCCCGCAGUGUCUGUGACCACCAGGCCUCCCUCGACCCAGACUCUCCCCGGGACGUCAUUGAUUUCCUUACCAAGAUGGCACAGGAGAAGCAGGACCCACUGAGCCACUUCCACAUGGAUACUCUGCUGAUGACCACACACAAUCUGCUCUUUGGAGGCUCCGAGACCGUGGGUACCACGCUGCGCCACGCUUUCCUCGCGCUCAUGAAGUAUCCAAAAGUGCAAGCCCGCGUACAGGAGGAGAUCGACCGCGUGUUGGGACGCGCGUGGCUGCCUGCGCUGGAGGACCGAGCGGCCAUGCCUUACACAGAUGCGGUGAUCCACUAGGUGCAGCGCUUCGCAGACGAUCCCAUGAGCUUUCCACACCACGUCACUCGGGACACGACUUUUCAAGGCUUCCUGCUACCCAAGGGCACGGAUAUCAUCACCCUCCUUAAUACAGUCCACUACGACUCCAGCCAAUUUCUGACGCCCUGGGAAUUCAACCCUGAGCAUUUUCUGGUUGCCAAUCAGUCCUUCAAGAAGAGCCCUGCCUUCAUGCCUUUCUCAGCCGGUGAGAGCCGGCUGUGCCUGGGCGAGUCGCUGCGGCGCGGGGAGCUCUUCCUCUUCCUCACCGCCAUCCUGCACUUCUUGCUGGAGCCGCUGGGGGCGCCCGAGGACGCCGACCUGACCCCGCUCAGCUCCGGCCUCUGCAAUUUGCCGCGGCCUUUCCAGCUGUGCCUGCGCUCGCGCUGACGCCUCAUCCCUUCCAGACCCCAAGGGAAUCAAAGAGGCGAAGAGGUGCAGGCAGCCAGGCGAGGUUGGGGUGCACCCGGCGCUCAGACGCAGGCGGCCCUACCCCUGGGCCCGUACCGCUCCCACUUCGGCGGAACCUGCUGCAGCUCGAGUCUGGACACCUGGACCGUGCACUCACGGAGGUAGCCCCGACAGUGGGUGGGGUAACAGGAUUCUGGAUUCCUGGAGCUGGGGCUGGGGGCUAGAACUCCUGG